GCGCAGAGCCCGCGGUCCCGCGCUCCGCGCCCCGCCCGCUCCAGCGCGCCGCUGUUGCAUGGGGCGCCGCCGGCGGCCGAGGGAGCGUGACUGCGCUGCGCAGGGCGCUAGGAGGCAUUGUCGCUGCACAGGCCCCCUUGUGAGCAGCAGACCGGCCUGGUGGCCGGCAGCAGGACCCCCUCGCCUGCAUGCUGAAGAAGAUGGGUGAGGCCGUGGCCAGAGUUGCAAGGAAGGUCAACGAGACCGUGGAGAGCGGCUCUGAUACCCUGGAUCUGGCCGAGUGCAAGCUGGUUGCUUUCCCCAUUGGCCUCUACAAGGUCCUGCGGAAUGUCACCGACCAGAUCCAGCUCAUCACGCUGGCCAACAACGAGCUCAAGUCCCUCACCAGCAAGUUUAUGACCACGUUCUGUCAGCUCCGAGAGCUCCGCCUGGAAGGGAACUUCCUGCACCGGCUCCCCAACGAAGUCAGUACCCUACAGCACCUCAAGGCCAUCGACCUCUCCCGGAACCAGUUCCGUGACUUCCCCGAGCAGCUCACUACCCUGCCAGCUCUAGAGACCAUCAACCUGGAGGAGAACAACAUCGUGGACGUACCCGUGGAGAAGCUGGCUGCCAUGUCCGCCUUGCGCCGCGUCAAUCUCCGCUUCAACCCGCUGAACCCUGAGGUGCGCGCCAUCGCUCCGCCACUCAUCAAGUUUGACAUGCUCGUGUCUCCUGAGGGCGCACGGCCCGCUCCACCUUAGGCCUCCCUCCUCGUGCCCACCCAGCAAGGGACAGAGGCCACCUGGCCUGGCACCCUGAGGGGAGGGAGUCCUACAGACCCAUGGGAGGCCGAGCCUGGGGGGCUGGGGGCGGGUGGGCCAAAGAGCACGUGGUGGGAGGGGGUGCAGCCGGCCCCGGAUAGAUAGUUUAGAGCAGUAGCCGGUCCUGGAAUGCCCAGACGGAGGAGGUGAGGUGGGGCUGGAGCCUGGCUGCUCACAGCUUCUGUGCACACUUGGGCAGGACCCCCACCCUCUCUGAGCCUUGUCACUUGGGGAAAUGGGCAGUGGCGGAGAGGGCCUUUGCCUCCUCUGAGCUCCUUGGAGGCUUUUCGGGCAACAGAUGCCUUCAAGUCCCCUUCAAAUCAUCGGGCACCUUCUGAGCCCACAGAUGGCCGUCGCCGAGCGCUUUCUGGGUCCCUGUGGGUUUGAGACCUUGUUUCUGGUGUUGAGAACCAGCCUCUGCCCUGAGAGGACUAGAAGACAACCUCCAUCCGUUUAUCAUUUCCCGAGGACUGACCCACAUGAGGCCCCCUCUGGGGCCCUAUCCUCAGCCCUGUGGGUCUCUGGAUUGGCAGGAGCCUGAACCGGGAGACACGGGAAAGCCGUGGCCAAAAUGUGGUCGUGUGCUCUGGCCAGAGCUGAGAACGUGUAUAUAGGAGCCCAGUGGCCCAUCGGGCCAGGAGCCAGGAGGAGCAAAUCAGGUCUGCUCUGUCCUUCCUCAUGAUUAAGCAAUCAGUGGCGUAGGAAGUUCUGAGGACAGACCAGGUGAGCCUGGCAUCACCCCUUGAGCCCCAGGAGAGGUGACUUGAGAGAAAGCCAAUUGUGCCUGUGGCUCUGGUACGAGGCAGUUGGCUCUGGCGUCUCCCUCUGGCAGCAGCCCCACUGCCUCACCAUUGGUCUACCGGGGGGGGGGGGGGCAGAAGGCUCUAUGGACCAUUGGAUUUGUGGCUGGCCAGCUCCCAAGCUCCCGCCCAAAGCCCAAUGACCUAGUCAUUCCUGGACCCUCCACCUGGAGUCUAGGAUGUGGCCAGGCCACAGGGCUAUCUACCACCCCUGUCUGCCCAGGACUGAGGGGUUUCCUGGGACACGGGAUGUCAGUGCUACCACGGGGACAGUACCUGGCAAACAGGGACAACUGGCUUCCUACCAGGAGAGGGCCUGGGGCUCUUGAUUUCUGAUAGCAUCUGUGGUUUGGAGAAUCCCUGAUCUCUCAAUCCCCCAGGUAUCUAGCUCCCGUCUACUCAUCCGUGGAGCAGGCAGACUCACAGUCCACAGCCCAUCUGGCCCGGACCUUCGUCUUGGUCGGGAGACACCCAAGGCUGCAGGACUUGGGGCAGGCCAGGCCACCAAACCCUACAUCCAUGCACUGGUAGCCACUCUUCCACCCCCAGGGCUAAGCCACUCCCAGCCCAGACCUUCAUUCUCAGACUGCUGUGUUCCUUCCCCCCUGCCCAGGCCCCCUGUCUCUUGGCAAGGACUGUUGACCACCACUGUUGGCCCAUCACUGAGCACUCAGUGUCCCGGGAGAUGCUCAUCUCAUAAGGCCUGGCUUUCCAAGCUCUGGGAAAGGGGUUUGCAGGGCGAGGAGGAGGUCAGGGUGGGAUUUUCGGGGCUGCAGGGUCCGCUGUGGAUGAGUGAGAACUGUGGUCCAGGCCUUACCUGCCCUGUGCCCUGGGGUGGGCUUACUCCUUGUCAAAGAGGAGGUGCACUUUUCUGAUACGCACAAAGGCGCUGUAUGGCCAGAGCCUUGCAACUCAAAGUGUGGUCUGUGGACCAGCAGCACUGGCAUCCAUGGGAACUUGUUAGAAAUGCAGAAUCUCAGGCCCCACCCCAGAACUCCAGAAUCAGCACCUGCAUUCAACAAGAGCCCUAGGUGAUUCCUGGAAGCACUUUACUGUUUGAGAAGUAACGGCCUAGGGGUGGCCCUGGGGCUGAGGUUCUCAGCCCUCCCCCUGCUACUCCAAGCCUCUGAGUCUGUGCUCCCCCCCCUCCCUAAACUAGCUCUGGGAGACCCCGGGCCUUAGAUCUUUUCAGAGUGUGUGUGACUCUCCCGGUGAAGGGAAUGACCUGAAGUCACCAAGAUACGAGGGUUGGGCUUGCCUGGCCCUCUGGACACUGCCUUUCUGGUUAACCUCUGCAGAGCUAACUCCUGCUUCUAGGUCCUCACAUCAGGCCCGUUGCAGGAGUUGCUUCUGGAAGUUCUUUUGUACUCCUCUUGGAGAGUUUGCCCUCGCCUGUCUGGGAAAGCUUGAGCAGUCAGAGAAACCCCCUAGUCACAGCCCCCAGUGUGAAUGAGCCCUUAGCUUCAGUCUGCAAUAAAGAAUGCAUUGGUUUCAUCUGCC